CGUAAGCGGAAGUAAGCUUCACUAGAAAGGGCACCCUUGGCUAUUUUCGAAGGUCGAAAGAAUAGCUUAUAAAAACACAUCCAAAGAGGGAAAAUUAUCACUGAAAUGAUGCACUAAAACGCAUAUAAUUUUCUUCGAACCUUAAACCUUCAUGGAUAUUGCUUCUCAUAGUCGAAAUGUUGAGUCAUCUUGUAAAAUAUGCCGUUGAAAGCGCGUUCAGUGACCAAAGUAAAUUCUACGUCGACGAUGACGACGACUGCGAGGAAGAGGAAGAACUACUCUUCUGUAAGAACAACGUUUGUGUUCAUUCUUCCCUAGAACAAGACGAAAUACCUGGGUAUUUUACUAUUAAAUCAAGAACUCGAAGGAACGGUCAUAUUCGCUUGGUAGUUUCAUGGACACCAAAUUCUCAACUCGUGCAAAUACGUGAGAACUCAGAGUCCAACUCUUCUGAUAUUGAUAUUAAAGAACACCGUACUUUGGAAGUUUUUAGUGUUGAUCUAAGUGAAAUGAAGACGUUAAAGCUAUUCUACGAUGAAAAUGAUACGACCUGUGGUCAUUUUAUAAUAGGAAACCACGAAAACCAUUACAAAGUUUUGCACUUUCACUGCGGUGGUAUGGAUAGAAUUACUAAAAUACUAGAAGAGUGGGAUUGGUGUGUAGGUCAGAAAAUUUCUGGAGAUCGAAAGAGGAGACGUUGCUUUUUAGUAACGAGGAGGGUUCCCGUUAAAGAAGAUUGUUAUGUAGAAGAGGGUAGGUUUGAUCCUAUGCCAUAUGAUGUCUGGAAAACACUAUUCAAUGAUGCAGGACAGAUAGAGGAUGUUGCCAAUUUUCGCAGGGCUGUGUUUUUUGGUGGUCUUAGUCCAGAAGUAAGGAAGGAAGCAUGGAAGUUCUUGCUGUUUUACUAUGCAUUCAAUUCUACUUACGAGGAAAGAAUGCAUUUGAAAUCGAAGAAAGAGUAUGAGUACUUGGAAUUUCACCGUAAACGGCUUUGCAUGAGUGAAGAAGAACGAGACCAGUUCUGGAAAUCUGUUCAAUGCACUGUAGACAAAGAUGUUCCAAGAACAGACAGAUCACAUCCAUAUUUUGCUGGCAAGGAUAACCCUAAUACUGAGAUCAUGAGCAAUAUUCUUCUAAAUUAUGCCAUCCAUAAUCCUGCUGUGGGAUACAAUCAAGGCAUGUCAGAUCUACUGGCACCAGUACUGGCUGUAGUUCAAGACGAAGUAGAUGCCUUCUGGUGCUUUGCUGGUCUGAUGGAAGUCAGUGUCUUUGUUACUUCACCCAAAGAUGAUGUCAUGGAUAGACAGCUGGUAUACCUACGAGAACUAGUCAAACUAUUGGAGCCCCGCUUCUAUGCACACCUGUUGAUAAAGGAAGGUGGUUUGGAUAUGUUAUUUUGUCAUCGUUGGCUCCUACUUUGCUUCAAACGAGAGUUCUUUAAUGCUGAGGUGCUUCUGAUGUGGGAGGCUUGUUGGUCACGUUACCAGACGGAGUACUUCCAUAUAUUCUUGUGUGUUGCUAUGAUACAGGAGUAUGGUGAAAAGGUUAUUCAAGGAGACAUGCAGUCAGAUGACAUGCUCCAAUACUUUACCGAUCUCUCAAUGAAAAUGGAAGGCAGUAAAGUAUUAAGGAAAGCGCGUCAACUACUCCUAAAGUUUCGCCAGCUCCCCUUCAUCCCCUGCUCUCUCCGUGGACUGCUAUCAGGACCGGGGAUCUGGGAUAGUGCUCCUCUGCCCAGCAUUGAAUGUCACUGCCAUGGACUAUGUUCCUCUACUAGAAAAAAUUCUGGCUCUUUGACAGAUUCUGAUGUUGAUAUCAUGAUGAAAAGCAAAGGCAAAGUAGACCUCGUGAAAGAUGAGAAACCUGAAAAUGAAGAGAGUCCUAAAGAGGAAUUAAGUUCAUCUACCAAUAACUACUCUAACAGCAUUAAAGAUGAUAUGGUGAAUCGUACGGCAAAUGGGGAGAGUGGAACUGAAAGAAAGAAAAAUGAAGAAAGUCCUGAAGAGAAAUCAAGUUCAUCUAUCAAUAACCACUCGAGCUGCAAUACAGAUGAUGAUGUGAGUCUUACGGCGAAUGAGCAAACUGAACCUAAAAGAGAGAAGCCUGAAAAUGAAGAAAGUCGUCCUAAAGAGGUAUCGAGUUCAUCUACCAGCAACCAAUCGAGAUGCAGUACAGACAGUGCUGUAAAUCGUAMGGAAAAUAACGAGUGUGAACUUGAUAGAGAGGAAAAACCCGAAAAUCAACAAAUUCCCAAAGAAAAACUGCAAUCAUCUAGUAGUAACAAAUCAAGCAUCCUUACCGAAUCUGAUAUGAAAAACGAAGAUGGCACAAAUCUCGUAAUAGAAGAAAAAUCUGAAAUAGUGGGUAUUCAUAAAGAGGAAUCAAGCUCGACGUCUUCUAGUAAAGGAUUAAGCUCCAUUACCGAUAUUGAUGAUACUGUAAUGGAAACCAAAUACACGAGUAAUAUGGAUUAUAGCUUUUACAAUGAUUUUAGUAUAGGUGAAACUGCUGAAAACCAAGUCGUAGAGGACCUCAACCCACCCAAUAGUAAACAAACUAGUUCCAUUACAACAGAAGAAAAGCCUAAACAGUUAGGUGUGACUUCAGAGGAGAGGCCAGACAAAUGGACCGAGAAUGGAUCAAGUGAUGAAGACAAUAUGGGUAACACCACCAAUACAAAGGAAAUAUCAGAAAAUAAUACUGAACGGGACCCGAUGGUGAAGAAGGGAAAGACCCUUGAUAGCAACAUUAAGCAUGUCAGUAAAGACCUCAUGAGUGAAUCUUUCAAAACGAGUGUUAAUGAACCAGAGGGCACGACUGAACUUGCAAGCGAGGCUAUUAAUGACUGUCAAAGUUGAUCCGUAAGUGGACAGAAAAAUUUCAAUUAUUUUGAUGAACAAAUUUUAGUCCAAUUAUCAGUCUAUCAUUAUUAGAUUCCAAAAUAAUUUUGAUUGCUAAAAGAACACGAGUUAUGAAUGGUAUAGCCGAGAGUAUUCAUUUGAUGGCAGCCAUGACAGGAGGCAGGAACAAUUGAAUUUGGAUGGUCUACUCUGGUUUACAUGAUAUCGAAGAGUUCAGUUUCACACAGGAAAAAGACAGUAUUGUUGUGCCUCCUGCAAUGGCUGACAUCGUGUGAUGGUGCAAAGCCUCUAUACUCAAUAAACUGUUUACUUCGUAAUUUACCGAACCGUGAGAGAAACACAUACAUCAUCUGUUAAUAUCUACCUCCCCUGGGGGAAAGAGUAGGGUGGGGUUACUUAAAGACGCACGAUGUACCGAAAUACACCGCAUAACACCAAAAAGAUAGUUGAAUAUGUUGUUCAAUUCUUAACUUUGUUGUAACAAACAGUUUGAAUUCAAUGAGGGGGAAAAUCUCUCCAAACCUAAUUAUGUACAGCACUAGCUUUGACUAAAACAAUCAUUCCAAGCAGGAGCCGUUAAAACAUUGAACUCGUGACAUCAUCCAUGGCUUGCGUGGAAUGUCUUUGAUUUCGAAAUAAAUUCAUAAACAACAGAAUAUUUCUACUAAAAAUCUACCAUUUAAAUUAGGAAUUUUUAAAUUAAAAAUGUAACACCGAGCAAGGGAGAUUCCAAAGGAAAAUCUUCAGUUGAAUAACAUUUUUUUAUUAUUAGGGGAGGAGUGGUUGGUGUCCAUCAUUCAAAAUAAUCGGUACAAAUAUAUAAUGCGACUUCAUCCUUUGUUGCUAAGUAAAUAUAAUGCGACUAGAAUGUCAUGAGAUUUAUUCAAUACGAAAUACGAAUCACAAUGACUGGAUUCAUACAUUUAUCAUAGUAUAUUUCUAUUCAUUCUUUGAUUUAUUUUUCUAAUUGUAUCAAGCUUUUGAUAUAUAUUAGCUGAUGGAUAUGUAUUGAUGUGGGAAUAAGCCUGAAGCGAGAUGACGUUUUACCCCCGUCUCUAGACCAUAAUCCUUUUCACACUGCUUUUGUUCUUUAAUUAUGACUAUUGUUCCUGUAUUCUCUAAGGAAUCAAAAAAAAUUUAAUAUGAGAGAAUUUUAAAGACUAUUAUGGUUUAGAGUUGGGGGUAAAACGUUAUCUCGCUUCAGGCUUAUUGUAAAUGAUAUUAGUACUUUAGUGCAAUCAGGAAUGAUAAAGAUGGAAAUAAAUGGAAAUAAAUAAUUAAAUUUAGACUAAACAGAGAGGCUUUGUAACCUUGGUUUAAAAAAUGUGUACAACUUCUUUUGCUAGCGCAUAAUACACCAGUUUUGAUGUCACACUCUGCAGCCCUAUUGAUGGGUUGCAUACCCAAGAGAGUUAAAAGACAAAAGUAUGGCGGCCGUUAUGGAACCGUUAACAAUG